AUGAAAAUCAAGGUGCUCGGAGUCGUCUGGGCAUUAGCUCUGCUAGUUAUGGUGCACGCUGCUCCUGAUGAUACAAACCUUGAAAGUCAAACAGACGUCCAUCCGAUCGUUUCUGAGCUAACAACAAAGCCUGAUGAAAAUUCAGCCGCUGAAAAAAAUAAAACUGAGCCAACAACAAAGCCUGAUGAAAAUUCAGCCGCUGAAAAAAAUAAAACUGAGCCAACAAAAAAGCCUGAUGAAAAUUCAGCCGCUGAAAAAAAUAAAACUGAGCCAACAACAAAGCCUGAUGAAAAUUCAGCCGCUGAAAAAAAUAAAACUUCUACAGAAAAACCAGCUUCUAGUGAAAAGCCAGACGCAUCUUCAACUCCUGAUGAUACAGAUGACGAAUAUAUAACUGAGACGGAGAUAGUAGAAUCCAAAAGAAAACCGACCACAAAACCAGCAACAACUAUGAUCAGAACACCAGCUGCGACCAGAAACCCACCGUCAACUCGUAGGCCAAUUCUAACGGCAACUGGAGGUUCAAUAAAAAAACCAAAGCCAGCAAAUGGUGUCUCUGCUGAUCAUCCAGCCACUCAAAUGAUUUUCCUGACCGUUUGCAUUGUGAUGGGAAACGUACUCCUACGUUAA